AUGUCGCCACAUGACUGGUGCGAACAAGUUGGCGUUGGGGAAUUUGACAAUGAUGCGUACUAUCGAGUCAUCGAGAAGAAGAUUAUUGGCCAACGCAACCAAUUCACACUCGCAGCCGUGGAGAAGGGGACAGGUAAUCUUGCUGGCUACGUCCACUGCGUGAGAGAAGAAGAGAGUCCCACGCUCCUGACCAUUGGUUGCGUGAAGGUGGAUUGGGAGCAUCAGGGACGAGGGCUCGGCAAACUGCUCAUCGCCGCAGGCGAGGCUUCAGCCGCAGAGCGCGGCUGGACGUUCGCCGACACGUCCUUGACGGUCCUCAAGAGGAACUGCAGGGCGCGGCGCUGCUAUUGCAGCCGCGGCUUCGAAGAGGUGCCCAGCCAUGGCGCUUGGCCCAACAUGCAAAGUCGCAGGCUGCAGUAA